AUGACUUUCAAGCAAGCUAUUCUGGUUAUUUCGUAAAGCGUUCUGAUUUUUCAAAAUAAGAUCUAAAUCGUUUUGAUCAAGGUUGCCAGAAAUAAAACGAAUUAUAUAACCUAAACCGUUUAUAAGUCCGCGUUUGAUUUUAUGGUGUGUUAAAGUUUCGAACUUGGAAUAACUGUCUUCGUAUAAAUUUUGAAACUGAUUAUCUAAGCUGGUGGGAAUUUUAUUAUGUAAUUCAAUUAGGUAAGAAAACAUUUGCAUGGUAUGUGAAAUAUCAGUGAGGUUAAUGCAUUACCUAAACGUAUCUGUUGUAUGGGUUGCAAAAGGUUGUCGUGUUCUUGGCACCGUCUCUUAGCUUCAUCUAUAUUUUUAGAGGGUGCAAUCAUUGCUGGGGCAAUUUCUGGAGGAUAAUUUAAUCGAGCAAAUUCUCGUAUUUCAUGAAGUUUGUUACAAAUUUCUGAAUGUAAAAUGCUAUAGUCUGGGGAAUGAAUAUCAAAAAGGUGACGAGUCAAAUUUUCUUCAGUUUGGUAAUCUUUAAAUCUAGUGGUUAAAAUAGCAGAAAGAUGUUCAAUACUAAUAGGAUUAGUUUGUUCUGUAAAUUCGGCAGGCUCACCUUGUAAUCUAGACUUAAUAAAUGUUAAAGCAUGUCCUUUAUAGGAAAUAGGUAAAGCGUUAUAAAAUUCUGUAGACUUUCUUAAAAAUGUAGAAAGAUUGUUUGAAUAGCCAUCAAAUAUAGGAAUUGACUCUUUUAGCAUGUUAAAAAUUAAUUAGGGAUUGUCAUGCUGAACGACAUUCUGUUGAUUUGAAGUAGCCAUUCUUAUAGGGGAUCCUUCUCUUUCGGUAGGCACAAAACGAUUAACAAAAGGCAUAAAAUAAAAUGUAUAAAAGAUGCAAGAUAAAAAUUCUAGCAGAAAUAGGUGAAA